AUGUCAUCAUCGCAAGGCGAGGCACAAGAUGGGUCUCCCACCUUAAAUAAAAACCCACCUCACUCAUACCAAGAGCCUCUAGCAACUUUUUAUCUUUCCACUUCAUCAUCCCCUGCUGGUUCUGUUUCUUCCUUAAGCUCGGGCGCUGGCCAUAGUGCCAAUAAUACAUUUCAUAAAAACCAGAAUAAUCAUCAGACACAUGUCAAUGACGGAUGCAUCAAUAAAUCAACUAUAUUUUUUAGCGAUCCUUUUCAAAAAUCUGCACAUAAUACUAAAACUAAAAUAUUGGUUUCUGAACCUCCUCCACCUAAGCGUCAAACCCGUUCUUUCACCAACGCACAUUCUAUUUCUAGCAAAACAGGUCUUACUGAAGGACUACCGAAAACUGAAUUAAGACGGAAGACUUUGUUUUCGACUUUGGCACAUACUCCAGCCAUGUCUUCAUACACCUAUACAGCAACUAGCAAACCUAUAAUCCGAUCAUGGGCCUCCAGCUCUCAUAAUGGGAGUGAUACCAACGCCAACCCCAACAGUACUAGUGCUUCUACUUCUACCGCUUCGACAACUCAAAAUGGGAUCCCUUAUAACACAGUUAAUACCCUUAGUGGCUCCUAUAUGAAUAGCUACAAUAAUAUCAAUGCCAAUGAUGAUGGGUUCAUAGAACCUAGAAUGCAUGGCUCGACUGUAUAUACAGAUUCUGUCGACUCAUCAUCUUCCUCUUCUCAACUUCAUGCAAUUACAUAUAACAAUCAACAUGUUCCAGUUCAAAGGUCCGCCACUUCUAAAACCACUUCCCACCCAACACAAAGUCCUUCAUUAGAAAUGAAAAGUUAUUUAAUCUGCGACAGUAUAAUUACUGAUCUUCUAAAAUCAGAGCCAAACUGUACGGUAGUGCAAGAAGAUGUUGAAAUUCAAGGCUAUGAAAUUUAUAUUGUGGAACAAUGGGCUUGUGAACGCAAACUUAACCGUGUGAUAGUCAGUUAUACAGGAAACCCCACGCAUAAAGCUUUAGUCAAUAUCGUUGCCCUUCCGCAUGAAAAGGCACAUACACGGUCUGCCUCUAAUACAUCACCUCAACUCAACCGGCGAAAAUCCAUAUUUUCUCAUUUCCCAGAAACGGCUUGCAGUUAUUUUGAAGAGCUUUUCAAUAACCAUGCGCAUCCAAAAUCAAAUGAUAAGGGUAUUAUUUAUGUAUCAAACCUUUCAUCUUUCCCUUCCAACUUGAAUCUUAUCAGGGUUCCUAACGGAAAUCUUAAGAUGGUAUGGAAUCUAUUUGGAAUCAAUGAAAAUCUCAAAAGAACAGGUUGCAGUGGUCGUUCAGUUCUUUCGCUGGCGAUACCUACGGCAACUAGUGAAGACAAAUUUCGUCAAAUUUUUAAAAUUCACGAAAAAGUACACAUAUCAUACGCUGUUCGCGAAUUAAUAAUAUUACUUCAAUUAGGCCUUUUUUAUUUUGAUUUAUUAAAGCCACAGUACAUUGACGGUCUUUUGUGCAAUGAAACUCUGAAAGCCGCUAAUACAUGGUGGGAUCGAUAUGGCCUUAUCCGUUUUCAAAUUAGGUACUCAGAUCGUCAAUUCUUACAACCCCAAACUGUUGCUGGAAUCAUAGGUGUUGUAACAGGUGUUAGAAACCGAAUUGCAUCUAUUCUAGGCAAUUCUAAAACCUGUAAGGAUCCGUUUGAUAUCGAAUAUUUUUUGGAAACUGUGAGGCAGUUUCAAAAGCACCAACAUUUGUCACGUACAAUGAAGCUUGAUCCCAGUACAAUAGAAACACUUUAUAGUUUGACAUCCGCUUCAGGGGGCUCUGGAAAUGAAUCUAAUGUUCCUGUUAACAGCAGUGGUGACAAAUUUUUUGGAAUGGUUAAAAGCACAGUUAAAGAAGUUUCUGGGAAAACCAACCAAGGUAUUACGGAUGUUGAAACACUAGAUAUCAAUCGUAUGAAGGACUUCCUUCAAGGAGCUCGGACAAGAUACCUAUGGCUAAAUCGCGGCAGCCCUCGCAAGCUUCUACCUAGACAUACGCCUACAACACUAGCUUUGGGAAUUCCUUUAGAUGCGUUUUCUCCAACAGAACUAUUGGCAACUAAUGAAUCUAAAUGGGCUAUUCCACGCCGUGGUCUUCCCAGUUCAAAAAAAAUCACAGAUGUUCCAUCACAUUUAUUACCAGUUGAAGACCAGAAAUUGGUAUCCCCUCCAGGAUAUUUAAACCCACCCCGCGUGAACUCUCCUACCACGUAUAUGCCAAAUUCGGAAAAUGAAAAACCUUCUGAAGGAUAUUCCACCUAUCAUGGUAGUAAUUCCAUUAAAAAUAAUGAUCAUAUUGAUCCAUUGAGUGAACGCAAAUCUGCCGGUGAAGAGUUUUCCGAUGGAAGAAAGCAUAACUCUUCUCAUGAAGGUCGACCUCGAAGUUACCUUCGAGAUUAUGCCGGUUCAUAUAAUGAAUCCGCAAUUGAAAGUUCAGUUGAAAGCGUAAGCGACACGGAUGCUAAUGACCGAAGUGAUAUUUAUAAUGAUAGUGAUUUUGAUGAGGCAAAUGCUAGUAAUAACAAUACAUCAUACAGCAACUUUAACAACUCUGAAAAUGGAAACCACGUUUUACAGGUAUUUGGCGAUUUAGAUAAAUCUAAGGAGCGUGGACAUUCGUUUGAUACCGAUGGAAAUACCGGAAUUCUUUUUUUUAAAGCGAAUAAUAGAUUUGAAGAAAGUGAAGGAAAUAACUCAUCCUUAGAAACAGAAAUCAGACCUGAUAACGAUGGUUCCAUUGAUUUUCAUCGUGAUCAUAAAAUUGAUGGUAUUGAAAGUCUUAUAGGUCGUUUCCAUUCUUCCUCAAAAAAGAUGGAAGAAGCACUUUUGAGCGACUACCACUAUUUCCACCAGGGGAAACAUAAACGAAACAAAUCUCGUACAAAAUCAGACUCUCAUCAUAAAGAUUUAUUCAAAAAAUAUAUGAGGGGAUCUAAGCAUCGGGGACACAGCGAUGGAGAUGAUCCAUCUUUAAAGGUAAACUUUGAUGACCAUUUGCCUCCUGGCGAGUCUGUGCAGGGGUCAUAUUCUGAUAGUUUCCUGUCUCCUGAUUCUAUUGAGCCCGAUGGGGAGUCUGAUUCCGCAGAUUUUGAUUCAUUUCUAGACCCUAGUAAGCCUGCAGAUGAUGAAAAUGAAUCGGAUAUAUCUAAGGUAGAUGGAAUAGAUAUGGAAGGUGAAGGUGAAUAUGAUGCCGAUGAGGAGGACCCAGAUUAUUUUUUUGGGGAGGAAGAAGAUGGACGCCCAGCAAUUGAUAUGGAUCUUUCAUCUGAGCUUUUACGUGUCAAAUCUGAGCCUGCUUUGUUUUCAAUGGUUUGGGGUCAACCAAAAAGUGCCGAUGAAAACCAAAAAAAUUUUAAAACCAAGCAAUCUAAAGACUCUUCUUAUUCUAUUGGUACAUCGUCGUCGUCAUCUUCUUUAAAUGAAUCUCCUUCAUCUAUUUUGAACACUUCAUCAACAUCUGAUUCACAACGUCCAAUUUGGCAAACAGUCACUUAUCGCACUAUUCGAUCGCCCUCUCAUAAAAUUGCAGUUUUGAAACGCAGUCAGUCGUUUUCUCUUAUUGAAGAUCAUUUGGAGUAUGGGGGUGUUCCUCACACAGGACCUCUUGAGUUUUCUCGAGUUCCUAUCAAAGUUUACCGGAGUUAUCAGGUAUCACAAGCAUUAAGCUUCAAGGUCCAGCAAAAUCUCAAUUAUUUUGAUCAUGAGCGUAUUGCUUACAAUAUUUUGGACAAUAAAGUUCGUAAUGUGCUCGAAAACUCACUGCAAACUAAAACCAAGAAUAUGAGCACAGAGAUUCAAAGCAUUGUUCAAAAGGAAGCUGCUAUUAAAAAGGGAUUGACAGAAUUGGAGACUCUUACAGCACGACUACAAUAUGAGGCUAGAACUUUGGAUCUCAAACUGCGUGAUAUUGAAGAGACUGCUCUUUCUUUCACAAAUAAGGUGGAUAGUUUGGAAGAUCGGAUGCGCAAGCUCAAUUAUGAAAACUAUGUUCAUGAAAACAAUGAUUUGACUCGAAUAAAAGGUCGCAAAGAAAAACAAUCUAAAAGCCGUAAGCUUAAAAAGCGUACGAGUAGCUCCAACAUAAAGUCCAAUGCUUCCAGUAGUAGCAAAAGCAAAUCACGCAAAAAGGAUGCUGCCACUCCAGCGGAAGAGACAACAUUAUUUUCAAACAUUAAGUCUUUUUUUUGGGGGACUUUAGCAGCUACUAUUCCUGGCUUAGCAGCUAAUGACAAUCAAGAAAUUACACCAAAAAAAAACCGGAGCAUUACCCGAACUAAGUCUUCUAGUAGGUCUAAAAAGAAAAGUCGGCAAGAUAGCCAAAUUUCUUCCGACAGGCAAGUGUCUGUAACUAGUGUCAAUGGAAGCUCUACAUCUCGCGAAAACAAAGUUCGACGGCGGCUCAAGCUUACAACACCAAUUACUCCAAUCAAUGAGGAUGCAGUAGUGACCUCAGAAGACUUAGUGAGAAAAUGGGAAACACCAUUUGUUACAUCGUCUGAAGAUGAUGAUGAAGAAGAUGAUGAAGAAUCAUUGGUAUAUGACGACACAGACGGCACGACGACUGACCAGUUUAGUCCAAGUGCCAGCACUACUGUGAGUUCGACCGCAAGUCCUGUUAUGGAACCCAUGCAGCAUCGGUUUUCCUCGUCAUCAACAUCCAUGUCUCCUUCACAGCUGCAGCCGUCGCAACAACUGGGCACCCGAUACCAACAUCACCACACGCACAGUGGAAGCUAUUCACGCAGCCCGAGUCAUGUGCGGAGCCUGAGUCACGGCCAGAUUCCAGGAGUGACGUUCCACGUUCCCCAUCAAGUUGGGGUUGGAAUGCAUACACGAUCGCUAUCUGGAUCACCGCCGGCGCCGUCGCACCGACUGCAGCAACCACAACAACAGCAACAUCUCCGUGCCUUGUCACCCAAACCUGGAGUGGUAAUAAGCUCACGGUCUCGUGUGGGAACGCCUUCAGAGCCCUCAUCAUUGCUUGCAGAAAGCUCACAUUCGUUGAAUACGUCUUGA